UGCACCCCAAACUGCAGGAUUGUCACGUGAGCGAGCAGCACGUGUGCGGAGUAGACGCUGUUUACAAACCUCUGCUGUUGGGAUCGUGUGGGAGGAUGGAGGUGGAAAGCCGUCAGUCGUAUUACUUUGGAGACAUCGGUUGUUGGGCUGAGAGAACAGAGCUACACAAGGCGGCGUCGCUCGGCCAGACCUCUCAGCUGCGGCGCCUCAUCCAGGGCGGGGCCUCAGUUAACGUGGUGGCUGUGGACUCCAUCACGCCGCUGCACGAGGCCUGCCUGCGGGGGGAGCCACAGUGUGUGAAGCUGCUCCUGGAUGCUGGAGCUCAGGUGGAUGCAAGGAACGUGGAUGGAAGCACCCCGCUGUGUGACGCCUGCUCAGCCGGAAGUGUGGAGUGUGUGAAGCUGCUGCUGGAGCACGGGGCACAGGCCAACCCCACCCUAACCUCCCGGACAGCCUCCCCCCUCCAUGAAGCCUGCAUGGGAGGUAACUCGGAGUGUGUGAAGCUGCUGAUCACCGUGGGCGCUCACUUGGAGGCGUACGACCUCUACUACGGCACGCCGCUGCACGUGGCAUGCGUCAAUGAGCACACAGACUGUGUGAAGGUGUUGCUCAAUGCAGGUGCUAAAGUGAAUGCAGCUCGGCUGCACGAGACCCCGCUACACCACGCGGCCAAGAACAUGCGGGUGGAGAUGAUCGAGGCGCUGGUGGAGUUCGGGGCCAACAUCUACGCGCGAGAUCAACACAACAGGAAGCCUGUGGAUUACACCGCUCCGGGCUCCCCCUCUGCUGCCUGUCUGCACUCCUAUGAGACCUCUCCGAUGAGCCUGCAGCAGCUCAGCCGGCUGGCAGUGAGGAGGAAACUGGGCACCACCGCUCUGAAGGUCAUAGGUCACCUGGAAAUACCAAAACUCCUCAUUAGCUACCUCUGCUAUCAGUGAGCGUCGGAUGGCGUGGAAGAGCUGCGUCGGCGACGACCGGCUUCGUUGUCGAUGCGCUCCCAAACGGCGCAGUGCCAAACAUGACCUCCUCGUUGCACGCUUAUCUUCAGAUCUGCUCAGGACCUGAGACAGACUUUAGGAACAUUAGCACUUAUGGAUACAAGCACUUUUUCAAAUAAGCUAAAAUGUAAAAUGUACUUUUUCUUUCUUGAAUCAGCUGUACUACUUGAUUAAAACGAAUUUCAUGUAGAUUUUCGAAAA